CUUUCUUGUCAUCUGUAUCAGAUAGAUAGAGAGAGAAAGAGAGAGAAUCACUGAGUCAUUCACUACACAUGCUGUGUUGUGUUUCUUUGUGUGACCCUGUUAUCUGUUUGUGAACAACAUUGGGUUGGUUGUGUUUGCGUUUCGGUUGAGAUAAUCUCGAAAGCACUUUUAACUCAACGGAGCCUAAGAAUUAUUUUCACGUUCGCACAUUAGAAUUUGUAUUUUUCAUUGAAACUACUUUGGAAUGCGUGUGACCUGAAAACCAAACACACACAUUGCAGUUUUUGAGGAAGGGUUUGUUUUGUGUUUCUUGUAGUUUGUAGUUGUUGCUGUUGUUGUUGGGGUUGGUGUUUCUUCAGCAUGUUCAUACCCCCCUUCAUUUUCUGUUCAACUUUUUGACUUUCUGUUUUGUUUCCCAGAAAAAAGAUAGGAACUUUGUUUCUGGGUUUGGUUCCUUUUUCCUGGUUUUGCUAGUUUUGAUAGUAGCACCAGGGAAUAGUUUGUCAUUUGUUUUUCUUUUGCAGGUUAAAAUUCUUGUUCUGAUUCUUGUAAAGGUGGGAAGUUUAUGGGUGUGGGGAGAGACAGAAAGAUGGGGUUAAUGAUUCCAUGACAACAAGUUGCUUUUUAUGAAGGCUUCUUUGUGAAGAUUUUGGUUUGAAAAUGAAAAGGGUGUGGAAGAUGCUUAUGCUUAUGCUUGCACUCUUUUUCAACCCAUUUUAGCAUCAAGUGUGAAAAGUUUGGUCUUGGGGGCUUGUAUGAGUUUGUUUCCAAGUGUUGUGUUGUUGUGAUGAUUCAUCUUGCAAAAGGGGUUUUCAGCAUCUUGUGAAAUUCAUUCCUUCUCAUGCUGGAGCCUCUGAGAUUGUUUUUUGGUUGUGAAUUUGCUUGUUGUGCUUUGAUGUUUAGGAAAAGACACAACCCUUUUUCUCUUGCAAGGGAGUUCUUGGUAUUUCAACCUCUUCUUCUUGUUCUGGUAUUGUUCACCUUGCAACAUAACACUGUGCAUUGCCAUGGAAGAUUUAGCAAACACAUCUCUUCAGAACCAUCGCCACCACCAUCAGAAUACAAGGAUAACUCUAGGAAGAUCAUUUUCAGCAUAGUUUUAGGAGCAGUCACUGGACUAGUUUGUUCUGUUCUCUUUGCAUUUGUGGUUCGUUAUGUGGUUCAGUAUCUGAACAGAACACCAAUCCUCAAAGGCCCUGUCAUAUUCUCCCCAAAAAUUGCCCCCAAAACACUCCAAUCAGCUUUGGCAAAAGAAAACCACUUGCUAGGUUCAAGUCCAAAUGGGAAAUACUACAAAACUGUGCUUGACAAUGGGCUGACAAUUGCAGUCAAAAAGCUAACACAGGAACAAAAUUCUCCAGAGGCAAAGAAAAAAUCAGUGAAGAGGCAGAUACAAGCAGAGCUAGAGAUUCUUGCAAGGUUAAGACAUAGGAACUUGAUGAGUCUGAGGGCUUAUGUUCGUGAACCUGAUGGAUUUUCAUUGAUGUAUGAUUAUGUGUCCACUGGGAGUCUUUGUGAUGUGAUGAGUAGAGUGAGGGAGAAUGAGUUGGUGCUUGGUUGGGAAGUUAGGCUGAGGGUUGCUGUUGGUGUGGUGAAGGGUCUUCAGUAUCUUCACUUCACUUGUGUGCCUCAGAUUCUGCACUACAACUUGAAGCCAACUAAUGUGAUGUUGGAUGCAGAGUUUGAACCCAGAUUGGGAGAUUAUGGAUUGGCUAAGCUUCUACCAAACUUGGAUAGAGGGACAUCUGUCUACAGCCCUCCUGAAUGUUUCCAUAAUUGCAGCAGGUACACGGACAAGAGUGACAUAUUCAGUUUUGGCAUGAUCCUUGGUGUUUUGUUAACUGGCAAGGACCCUACAGAUCCAUUCUUUGGAGAAGCAGCAAGUGGGGGGAGCUUGGGGUGUUGGCUGAGGCACUUGCAACAAGCAGGUGAAGCAAAAGAAGCUUUAGAUAAGAGCAUUUUGGGGGAAGAAGGGGAAGAAGAUGAGAUGCUCAUGGCUUUCAGGAUUGCUGCUGCAUGCCUCUCUGAUGUGCCUGCAGAUAGGCCUUGUAGUGAUGAGCUUGUUCACAUGCUAACACAACUGCACAGUUUUUGAAGCCAAAAUACCUUGAUGAUUCUUCUGUUUCUGGAGUUUCUUGUUUUUGUUUUUGUUUUACCACUCCUUAUCUAUAAGUGCUCGUUUGGUUUGGUGUUAAACUCAACGUUAAUCCGUGUUUGAGUCAACCAGGAAAAAUUUGGCUUCUCCGAUGAUGCAUUAAGAUGUGUGUUUUUCCAUUUGCGUUGAUGCAAACACCAAUACAAACGGAUAUAAGAUGUUAAGGGGGCUUUUUUGGUUGGCCAUGGUUCUGGUGUAGUUGAUUAUUUUGUUGCAUCAUCUUGGUUUUCAA